AUGGGCUCAAUUAAAGAAGUGAGGAGCGAAGUGCUUGCAGCGAUGGACAUCCUCAAGGAUUCUUGUUUGUUGUUAAAUUGUGGAGAAAGGCAUGUUAAAAUGCAUGACCUGGUUCGUGACGUUGCUUUGUGGAUAGCAUCAAACAGAACGGAGUUUUCUUUUAUGAUAAAAUCAGAUGUUGUUGAAUUGUGGCCAAAGGAUGAAAGUUUUGAGCCUUACAAAGCAGUCUCCUUCAAGACUAGUCGGAUUGUUGAACUUCCUAAAGGACUGCUAUGCCCAAAUCUCAAAAUUCUUGUACUUGGUGGAGAUGAGAAGAUGACAACUUCAAGUGAAUUCUUUGAAGGAAUGACAGCAUUAAAAGUUUGCGCUUUGAAUUCUAGAUUGAUAUCUCCGGAUGCAUUUCAGUUUCAAACAAACCUUACAACUCUUCAUUUGGAAAGUUGCAAACUCUUGGACAUCUCAGUGCUUGGGCAGUUGAAGAAACUUGAAGUUCUUUCAUUUAGUUGCUCUGAUAUCAAAGAAUUGCCAGAAGAAAUAGUUCAAGAAGAAAGCUAUGCCUGUCUAUCAGAGUUGGAUUCCUUGUCAAACUUGAUCGUAUUAUCUUUAGAGGUUUCUUCUGAACAUGUUCCAAGGGACUUUGUGUUCCGUAAAUUACAAAGGUUUUAUGUAUGCAUUGGCUUUGCCUUUUCUGAUUCUUAUGGAUUGAAGAUGGACUCUGAGAUCUGCCCAUUCUCGAGAUCUUUAAAGAUUGAGGGGUCUGUAAUAGAGGCAUGCAAGCAGUUAUUUGGGGAUACAAAAUCUCUUAAUCUGAAAGAUAUGGUGGGUUACCCAAAUCUUGUUCCAAGCUUGGAGUGGGGCCAAGUGGUAUUCAGUAAGCUGACUUCUCUGGGUAUUGAGAGUUGCGAGCAUAUGAAAUGUCUCAUUGAUACUACAAAGCAGCAGAUUGCUGAAUUGAGGAGCAUACAGCAAGGACCCAGUGAUCGUGUAAGCUUACAAAGCUUGAAGCUUGUAAGAAUAGACAACUGCAAUAAAUUGAGAUAUCUCUUCCCAACGUCUGUUGCUGAAAGUCUUGCACAACUGGAAGAACUGCACAUAUACCACUGCUCGGAGUUGGAAGAAAUAAUUCCCAAAACGGAAGUGGCAAACAUAAAUCUCCAAAGUCUAAGGAAAGUAUAUGUAAGGGGCUGCAAUAACUUGACAUCUCUUUCCUCAUUGUCGCAUGGUCAAAUUUUGGAGAAAUUGUCAACACUUAAGAUUCGAGAUUGCUCUCGAUUGGAAUAUACUUUUCCAAUCUCAAUGGCUGAAGGUCUUCCACAGUUGCAUAAGGUUACAUUGCGUGGUUUGCCUGAAUUUAAAGGAAGGAAUGGAAAUGACAUUGUACUCACGCUGCCAUCUUUACAAGAGUUGAAAAUGAGAGAGUGUCCACAAUUUAUCAUUUCGGGGAAAAUACAGGUGUUAAAAUUGGAAGAUAUGAGAGAAAGGAAGCAAUUGUGCAAUAUGAUAGUUCCUGAAUUGAGACAAAAAUUACCAAACAUGGAAUAUUUAACCAUCAUUAAUUUUGAAGAGUUAUUUGAUAGUGGAUAUAAUCUUUCAAGUUUGAGGGAACUAGAAUUGAUAGAUCUACCUAAAUUGCAGAUGGCAUGGAAAGAUCCCAUCGAAGUUGUCAACUUUCAAAACCUCACUCAAUUAAAUGUCUGUACAUGCGGAAGGUUAAGAUAUAUCUUCUCACUUAUCAUCGCUCGGAAUUUGCCGCAAUUGAGCUCUUUAUGGAUACAUGAGUGUGAGGAAUUGGAGCAAAUUAUUGGAAAGGAUGGUCAAACUUCAUCAGAAGGUCAUCAUCUCCAAUCUAUAUGCUUCCCUAAUCUGAUUGAAAUACGCCUUUCUUCAUGUGAAAACUUGAAAUGUCUCUUUCCGGUGAGUGUUGACCUUCCAAAACUACAAGCUCUACUUGUUAACAAUGUCUCCAAAUUAGAAAAAGUAUUUGAACAAUCAGGAGAUGAGGCAAAUGGUAGCGACGAAAAAGAGAAUGUGAUACAGCUACCUCAAUUGGCCACCUUAGAUCUUUUAACGCUACCAAACCUUGUGAGCUUCAGCCCUGCGGGUUAUCAUUUCGUAUUCCCAUCUUUGCAAUUUUUAUCUGUAAGUGGUUGUCCCAAUAUAACCACAAGCUUUAGUGUUGAUUCAGAGCAAUCUGGGCAUGCCAAAACAGAGGCAAUCCGAUCAAUUGAUGAAAAUAUAAUUGAAGACUCUACUACAGCUCAACAAACAACAUGGCCAAUUGGUAGUGAUAUAGAGUGGUAUAGACCAUGGAGUGGACGACACACCUUUUCAGAGGAGGAAGAUGAAGAAAUGAAUAUGAGUUCAGAAGAUGCAAGUGAAUGA